GCUAAAAGGGAGGUUGCUUCAACAUAUGGAAAUUCGGGGUAAUUUAAUCCACCAACAACAACAGGUUACUUCAAAAUAUUCGAGUGCCGCAUAUUUAGGAGGUUUGCCAAAACAGCAAGAACAAAUGAACUCGAACAUAACAUCCCACCAACACUGUUCUUCUACAAUGACCGGUUUUGAUGUUUAUCUUCAAUCACCAACACUUUCCUCAACUUCCUCAACAAAUUCCUCAGCUAAUGGAAUUUUUGGUUCAUCUACUGCCUCAACACAUUUAUCUAACGUAGAUAACAAUGGAGGCCUUGCUAUGCUUCUUGGCAAUUCAAUCCAACCUUUGGAGGAGAAUCAUGAAGCUUCAACAUCUAUAGCUCCGAUGAUGAUGAAUCCAUUGCCGUUCCACUUAUAUCCCCUAACCUCCGCUCACAAUGCUCACACACAUUUACAACAACAUUCAUCUGUCUCAAACAAUAAAAACAACAUUCCACCUUCUGUAGCUGUUGUACACAAUGUGGGCGGUAACAGCCUCGGCCCAAGUUCUAGUGCCAGCAGCAGCGGCGUAAGCAGCUCAGGACUAAAUUCCCCUCCCUUGCCCAUCCCCUCAUCUUCAUCAUUUUCCCCUUCAUCCUCAAACAAAUAUGCCUCUAAUAUUCACCACCAAUUACCCCUUGUAAAUGUCAAAAAUGAGAUUCCUUCAGCUGCGAUACAUGCAACAGCUCCUUUACACCCAUCAAUGUAUCAUCAGUCUUCAGCAGUUGGAUACUCGCCUAUUAUGCCAAUCACAACGCCUACUCUGCAUAUGACAACAUCAUUACACGUAACAACACCUUUACAACCCUAUUUACUCCCUCACCAUCACGGCAUUCUACAUUCCGGAGGCCCCUUAACAACUAAUCCCCACCACCAAUCUUCUUCAGAACAUCAACAACAAUUAUUACCUCUUUGCCAAAUGCCUCCCAUCGAAGGUGUUUUUUAUGGUAACCAUCACCAGCAGCAACAACAAACAUCCUUUUCUAAUUUAAACGGAAAUGGGGAGGUUACUAGUGGUGGUGGACGGCUACUUAUUGAAGAGCUUUGUUUGUCGCCUCAACUUGAACGGCCUGUUCUAAUAACUCUACAGUCGAUUCGAACUUGUGGUGAAACCUACAAUUCUUCACUUGAUUUUUGUCUGCAAGUGAUUACAAAACAUUUAGAUACUAAUAUUCUUUGGGCUAAAGUCGACGAACUUUUCAAAGGCUUAAAUGUAUAUUUUAAUAUAAUAUAA